UCCACAUCGUACGACGAGCUUAGAGAGCAGAUUGUGAGGUAUGACCAGUCGACCAUUCGCUGGAACAACAGUAUGGCUUUGGGUUCUGAGCUACCUAGUGGACAAGUCAUCGAUACUUCAGGGCCCAUGGAUGUUGACCGAAGCAGCAAAGGGAAAGACAAAGGUAAGCAGAAAGGUAAAGGCAAAAGCAAGGACAAAGGCAAAGGCAAGAACAACCAUGCCUACCAGCACCAGAACCCGAAAGGCAAAGGCAAAGGUCAGACUUCGACCUCGAGCUAUUCUCAACAGAGUGGCAAACCAUUUGGCAAAGGCAAAGGCAAGAGCAAAGACAAAGGUGGAGGUAAGUCUCAGCAACGUCAAGACACCUGCAACAUUUGCGGCCGAUUUGGCCAUUAUGCUCGUGAUUGCUGGAACAGAGACAAGGUUCGACGAGUUGAUGAUCAAGGAAAUGAUUUCACAACAGCUACAUCCACAGACGCACACAUUGAGCCUGCCACAUCACAACGUGUGAACCGCGUGGAGCACAGCAACAACAUCAAUGACAUCUCGAUUGAGCGCACCAGUACAGCUGCACCUUCUGACUUUUUGACCUGUCGUUUGACUCCUUUGAAGAAAUGUCCAAUGUUCGUGCAGUUUUUCAAGAGAGUGAUGAUUUGGCUUCAUGUUCGACCACUUUAGAUGCAUCCUUGUCAGGUGAUUUCGACCACUUCUUCUAUGCAGAUGCCGUGCAGUGAGCCUGGAACUGAAUGGUACGCCCUUUCUUCACUUCAAUGUUUGGAUGAUGAAGAUCAUUGCGAGAAACUGUC